AUGGCAAGUCCCGCCGCGGGACGUCCGUCCCGGACCGCCACGCACUACCAGGUCCUCGACCUACAGCCCGCGCUCCUCGCCGCCGCCGAGGCCCAGGACGCCUCUGCGCUCGUUAAGCGCGCCUACCGCCGCGCCCUGCUGCGCAACCACCCCGACAAGGCCACCGCCGCCACCCUCUUCACGGUCGACCAGAUCGGCGAGGCCUACGGCGUGCUGUCCUCCACGCGGCGACGCCAAGAGUACGACGCCGCGCUACGCUCGUCCGGCGGCGCGGGGGACGAGGAGGCAACCCGGUUCCAGACGGGCAUUGAGAACGUCGACCUGGACGACCUCGAGUUCGACGACGGGGAGGAGCGCUGGCACCGGUCGUGUCGGUGCGGCAACGACCGCGGGUACGCGUUCGAGGAGGCGGAUCUUGUCGAGGCGAGCGAGGACGGCGUCUUGAUGGUGGGGUGCCAAGAUUGCAGCCUGUGGCUCAAGGUGCAUUUCGCCGUGGUGGACGAGUAA